UUGUUGCUUCACGUCAACCUUGCUCUGCAGGUCGUCUCGUUAAAAGCGGUCAAUAGUGCUAGUCUUCGUCAUCAUCUACACUACGCGUGCCAUCCGUCGACCUGCUUGACGACUUUUCUCUAUCUCCGAGGAACAGUCUCGGCUUGCACUUGUCCUUAGUUCUAGUUUACAAUGAAUGCGCCUAAUCGGUUCGAAGCAUUCGUCUUGGACGAGGGCGAGAAGCCAGUCGAAGUCAUAGAGGACACAAAAAUCCCUAAUGCCGCCACCAUCAAAGUGGUUAAGCAGGACCACACGCUGGGAAACCUGAUCCGCGCGGAGCUGCUGAACAUGCCUCAGGUGCUCUUCGCGGGUUACAAAGUCCCACAUCCUCUACAGCCGUAUUUCCUGAUCAAGAUCCAAACUGACGGCUCGAUGACGCCAACCGCCGCACUCGAGGCGGCUUGCAACAAGCUCAUCGUCUUGGUCACCGGCCUCGAGAGUAAAUUCAAACGCGAGUUCUCCUUCAAGGACGCGGAGAGUGGCGUACAAGAAGACGCGUACGGUACAGCCGUCCCUCCCUCGAGUCGCUGGCCCGGAGGGGGCGACAGAGAUUACCUGGACUUUUGAGUGGACCAUUGGACGUUCUUUCGUAGUGUACUAUAGCGGAUGAUCCGGGUGUAUUUCUACGGCGUCUGUGGCAGAGGACGCUUUGUAUUCCUUCGUGCAAGAGGUAGCCAAUCAGCUUCGCGGCGCAAAUAUCUCAUGACUGCACGGCCUUAUGGCAAUGGCCAAUGGCUGGUGUCGACGGACGCAGUGAUCAAGCUAGAACAUGAUACGGGCGGCGGGCCCUCGCCGCAUGCAUCUCAGGAGAUGGAGGCAGAAGGGGGUGGAAGUAG